CAGGAAUCGAACCCGUGACCUUUUGGUCUAUGGGACAACACUCUAACUAACUGAGCCACACUGGCCAGGGCAAUGGUGGUGAUUUUUAUUCAAACACUAGAAUAUGAUGGGUACAAUAUUAGAUAGCCGUGAACAAACUAGAUUGAACAUUUGUUUUCUGUACUACUUUCCCCUCUCCUGUAAGGUAAUGGCAAAAAUCUUGGCUAGAAAUUAAGAAUCAAUCUUAAGAACUUCAGAAGGAAAGGGAGACACUGUGGUCCUAUCUAUAAAUUUUAAAGUGGAGGCUCAGAGUGGGGAAGUAACUUACCCAAGGUCACAUAGCUUCUUAGGUCCUGUAGUGCCUCUUCUACUGAACCAGCCUGUCACUCAGAUGAUUGACUUCUGUGUCUAUAGAGUCCUCGGGAUCCUCCGGCUCAGUGGCCUUCAUGAGACUUGUAAGACCAAGAACCCGUGCUGAAGUGAAAAGGAAUGUGAAAGCCCUGGUGUAACGCAGAUAUGGCAGAGCAGCUUUGAAGGGAGGGUGCCUGCUUAAAGGCAGUUUUGAUUUUAUCCUUGCUUUUCUAUCAGGGGGACACGAACUGCCCUUUACAAUUGAGAUAGACUGCCUGAUGCAGUCUUUCAUCUGUCAGACUAUGAUUCAUUGAGCUCCUGCUACAUGCCAUGCACAUGUAGCUGGGAGUGCUGGCCCUCCUUGGGUUUGCUGUCUUAAUAGUGUAGACAGACAGCAAACAAAUAAUGUGAGCAAGAUGACCAACCACAGAAAGCCUCAGUUCCUUGUCCAGAAAACAGUUUAUGGGAAGGAACUAAAACAGGUAGCAGGGUGUGUGACCAGGACUGCCCUCGGGCCAGUUCUGUAGUCCUGAGGAAUGCUUUGGAUCUGCGGGCUUCUGUGUCUUAGGCGGACUCCAUUUGCGGCUGUCCUCUUAGACCAUCUUUUUCUUUUUUUUUUUUUUUUUUGGAGAAUUUUUUGUGUUUAUUUGAGCCCAACUGAUAAAUGCUAGAGAGCAUGCUCUUAGACGACCUUAGUGACAGUCUGGGUGUCAGUGAGGCUGCAAGAAAGGUCCUAGUCAGGGAGGCAGGACCCUGACUGUACCCACAGUCAGUGUGUGACCUUAGGCACAUGGCCACCCACUCAGCCCAGAAACCACACCAGUGCAUGUACUGUGAUAAGAUGUUUCAUCGCAAGGACCAUCUCCGGAACCACCUGCAGACCCAUGACCCCAACAAAGAGGCUCUCCACUGUUCUGAGUGUGGUAAGAAUUACAAUACGAAGCUGGGCUACCGGCGUCAUCUGGCCAUGCAUGCCGCCAGCAGCGGUGACCUCAGCUGUAAAGUGUGCCUGCAGACCUUUGAGAGUACCCAGGCACUGUUAGAGCACCUGAAGGCCCAUUCACGCCGGGUAGCAGGGGGUGCCAAGGAGAAGAAGCACCCCUGUGACCACUGUGACCGGCGGUUCUAUACUCGUAAGGAUGUGCGGCGGCACCUGGUGGUGCACACAGGCCGGAAGGACUUCCUGUGCCAGUACUGUGCCCAGCGGUUUGGCCGCAAGGACCACCUGACACGGCAUGUCAAGAAGAGCCACUCGCAGGAGCUGCUCAAGAUUAAGACAGAGCCAGUGGACAUGUUAGGCCUUCUCAGUUGCAACUCCACAGUCAGCGUGAAGGAAGAGCUGAGCCCCGUGCUGUGCAUGGCCUCUCGGGACAUGAUGGGGGCCAAGGCCUUCCCUAGCAUGUUACCCAUGGGCAUGUAUGGCACCCACAUCCCUACCAUGCCCAGUGCAGGCAUGCCACACUCCCUGGUGCACAACACGCUGCCCAUGGGUAUGAGCUACCCUCUGGAAUCCUCACCUAUCUCGUCUCCAGCUCAGCUUCCUCCAAAAUACCAACUUGGAUCUACCUCAUACUUGCCCGACAAAUUGCCCAAAGUGGAGGUGGAUAGUUUUCUGGCGGAGCUUCCUGGAAGCCUGUCUCUCUCAUCCGCUGAACCCCAGCCCGCCUCACCUCAGCCGGCGGCAGCUGCGGCCCUCCUAGAUGAAGCACUGCUCACCAAGAGCCCCGCCAACCUCUCUGAGGCCCUCUGCGCUGCUAAUGUGGAUUUCUCCCACUUACUGGGCUUUCUUCCACUCAACCUGCCCUCAUGUAACCCACCCGGGGCCACAGGGGGCCUGGUCAUGGGCUACUCCCAGGCUGAGGCACAGCCCCUGCUCACCACAUUGCAAGCUCAGCCUCAAGAUUCCCCUGGAGCUGGGGGACCUCUGAACUUUGGGCCUCUGCACUCCUUGCCUCCUGUCUUCACCUCUGGCCUGAGCACCACCACCCUGCCUCGUUUCCACCAGGCAUUCCAGUAGCCCCCAAGGAGGCCCUCAGCUCAGUCUUGGACUCUGUCAGGGAGCUUCAGUACCCAUCCCAUCUGCAUCCCCUGUAAACGCAGCUGAGCUUUCAGAGCUGGGUUCAAACAGAAAGGAUUCCAGUAUCUGUAUGGAGCACUUGGUUUGGGGGCCCAGGCUCCAGGAUCAGUUCCAGGAGGAGCCUUGAUCCCCGGCCCCAUGAAAAGAUUGCAUACUAUAGGACUUCAGGUAUUUUUACUUUUAUUUUUUUUAUCUGAAUCGGGAGCCACACUUAGUCCUCUCUUUCUCCAAAGUGUCAGAACCUCCUCCUCUUUGGAGACUGGGGAGACCUGUUGGAGACAGAGAGUUUCACUUUGGAUGACCUCGAGAAAAAUAGCUGAAGAAGCCCGCCUUCCGGUCCCAACCUGCAGACUCCGCAGCAGUCGGUCAGGCCCUGCUGCAGAGGGUCACUGGGCUCCCUCACCUGCUUCCAACGGAUGGGCAGGAGAGGGGGCCUCUGCUCUCCCUCACCACCCCCACCCCUCCUUCACCAGCACCUACAUGUUCAGUCAGUGUUGUCCAGCAACGGUACUGUUUACACAAUCGCUUCAGACACACCAUUUCACCUCUCUUGCCGAGCUGUUAGCCUUAGAAUGAUUGCAGUGAACAUUGUUUACACACCGUGAAUUCAUUCCCACCAGUCCAUUCCAGUUGGCACCAGCUGGAACCGUUUGGUACCUGGUGUUAACCGGAGCCCUGUUUACAAGGCGGAGUCGGGUCUCGCUGACUUCUCUUCACUUGAGGUCAUAUUUUUCCCCUGUGGGGAAAUAAACUGACUUUGGACUGCUUCAGUCUCUGCCACCUUCCAUGACCGUGUCGUCCCUGCCUUCCUCAGCAGUGUCUGCAGAAGACAGGCAAGAAGAUUGGAGCAGUUUCUCACAGGUCUGCAAUUCUGUUUUUCUACGAGUAUAUAUCAUGACCCCCUCAUCCUACUAUGAACUGGGGAGGGGGAGAAAUGAAAGACAUGCCCACUUCCAUCUCCUCUCCCUUCCCUAAUUCCCGCCCUGAACAUCAUGAGCUGUUAUCAUUAGUCUUAGGAGGGACCGGGGUUCUAGGCUGGUAUGAACAGCAAAGGAGAGGGUGUGAGCCCCUCCUUUGCCUCUCUUACCUGUCCAUUUUCCAGGAAGUUGUGGAAUUGUAAGAAGAAGAGUUUCAGAAAGUUAGGAUUGGGCAGACGGAUCGUUGAGUCCUAAUCUGUGGGUGCAUCAUUGCCUCCCACACUAAACUUUUCUUACCCACAGUGUCCUUCUCUCCUCCACUUCGCAGUUCCCUUGGACUCAGGGCCACUGUACAUAGGCUUUUCUGCUCUCCAUCAAAGAACUUCCACUUUCCAGUUGUGGCCUCCCUGUUUUGCCCCCAGUACUCAGCAGGGUUUCUUGCAACAAAUAAUUAGUUCUGACUUGUGGGGCUCUGCCAGAGACAGCACAGCUCUGGCCCAGCUGAACCCCAUCCUUGCUCCAUUUCAGUUCCGCAUGGGCACUCUUCCCAUUCGUGGAAGGGAGGUAGCUCAGGGACCACCAGUGUGGGACCCUUUUGAGAUACCUCCACUCUGAUUCAGAAACACACUUCUACCUCUUUACUGUUAACUCCUACAGAUGCAGCCAGCAGUCUCUGGGCAUUUCUUUCAGUGGGUGCCUCGUGCUGGCUUCUCCACUAGGAUUUCAGGACAAACUACUGAGGAACUGCCUCAGCCUCCUCCCAGUCCUCCUCCUCUCAUCCUUCUGUCUAGGAGUAACUUCGGUCUAUUGUCAGAAACUGAGCAGGUGCGAGACCCAGGCUUCUGCUUCAGACCAGGUCAGUACUCUGUGAGGUGAAAGCCUUAAAAUGUAGCUCCCUAGCUCUGGAUUGGAAGCAAUGUGGAGUGAAGAAGCAUGUUUUUUAGGCAGGGUAGCUUGGGAUACCUUUAAAAAAAAAACAAAACCAGAUAUAAAAAUGUCUGGCAAGGUGAUUUGCUUCUAAAAAUUAGUUUUCAGUGAGUCCCAGGGACUGAUUAAGGUUUAUUUUUAAAAGCGUCCACCUUGGUACGCAGCCACCUCCUGCAUGCUGUGCAUGUUAUUGGGACUCGUAUUAUAGGAAAUGGUAUGUGAGGAUCCAAGCAGGACUCAGUGCUGCCAUUCUCCUUGUCUGGUCUUCAUCACUAGACCCAGCAAUCCUUCCCCUCUCCCUGUCACCUUCCCUGCAACCCUUUGUUUACAGAGGCAAAUGGGCCUCUGGCCACAGAACACAGUCUCAGGCUGAUAGAGGAGACCCCUGCUCUCUGCCUUCUCUUUCCUUGUCCCUUCCUCAAAUCCUCUCUCCUGUUAGUGAUGCUGGGAAACUCAUAGGACAGGCAGCAGCUGUUUACAAUCUUGUUUGUAACUGGAGCCCUGCUGCCCCCCACCUUCCUUCCACCCUGCCCCACUGCUCUUCCUCCAGGGCCCUGACCACCCGCAAGGAGUUUCCCUGUCACUGUGAACUUUCCUGGUGCAGAGGAGUGUCAGCCUUCACCUUUUUCUUUCUUUCUUUCUUUUUUUUUUUUUUUUGACCAUAGCCACCCAGCUGUUUCUUAAACCUCCCUUUCCAUAAUUAAAAAGAAAAAAGAAAAAAUGCCUUAUUGGCCUGGUUGUUCGAAGGAUAAGAAUAGCUUUAUCCCACACUGAGCAUCAAACCCGUAUCAGUACCCUUCCUUACGGAGGCUGUGAGAGCCUGAGUCUCAGGGCAUCUGCCCAGGACAGGAGCCAUGGCACAUGGCAGAGACCAAAUAAGGAACAGGAAAAAGGGGUGCGAUGGCCCCUUCCUCACCAUCUCUUCUAACUUUGGUCAGUGAGGAGCUGCCCUGAAUGGGGGCAGGUACCUCCCAUCCCGCAUAGUAGCUGGUCACCAUUGAGUGCAGUCCCGAGGCCAGAGGACGGUGCCCAGCUCUGUCAGCACAAAGGACCUGUGCACAUCUCAGAGGUGAGAGGUUGGGAAAGAAUCACCAAUGAGUUUUUUCCCCAACCUUUUACAAAUGGCAUUUUGUUAAUGGAAAUCUGGAAAGCAGGUAUGAUUACUUUUUUGCUCGUAGAUAUUGUCCUACGUUGAAAUUCUCCCACUGCCCUAAACUUUCCUCUAGUAGCCCUUUAAAUUCUCCCACUCUUCUUUUUGGUAGCUGUUUUUUUCCACUCCCCUCUCCACCUCCCUUCUUAUCUAGGAGCUAUUUGUAAGCACGAAAGUUUUUAACAGUUUAUAUUGUACAGGAUCAAUAUUUUGCUUUUUAACAAGGAUAUUUAUGUAAUAAACUUUGCCUUAGGCAGGUGUUGGCCAGAAAAAUCCAGGUUUCUCUGGGACCCCACCCUGGCCUCUCCUGGAGCUCUGAACCUGCUGUGGAAGGAAUUGGCUGUGACCUUCACCACUGGAGAGUAGGGUCUGUGGGUAGGGAAAGAGCGUUCUAGUUCUGACGGGAGAAAGGUUCACCGUGAUAACCUAGUGCCUCAGUGGAGGGGUUUGGAGGAAGUGUGGAGGGGUUUGGAGGAAGUGUGGAGGAAGAAUUCCAGUCCGAUUUCUUCGGAUGCAAGCUGACUUCCUGCACCUCUCCACCUCUGAGUAUUUGGCACUAGAGCUCCUGAAACACCACUUCUCCCCCGCUCCCUCCCUCCUAGUGGUAAAGGCUUUGGAGCCGCUCUUUCAAAACGCCAGAUUAUUUAAAGAGAAAAUACAAGACAAAAACCUUCUAGCACUUUGUAAACACAGUGAAUAACCUCUUGGAGUAUUUUUGGCUUUAUAUAAAACAAGGUUUUUAAUUGUAAAAUAUAAGUGCCAUUAGAAAAUGCACAGGGCAUAUCUUUGUUAAAGUAGAUUUUUCAAUGUUUUACAGAAUUACAUUUUCAAAAAAAAGUUUUUAUAAUGAAGUUGUUUAUUAAAAACUUCUGAAUGAUG